UAUGUGAACACAAGAGGACUGAGCCAGCUCUCCAGUCCCUCGGUACUCGGCAACUGUCGCCCAGUGCCCCUGGGAACAUCAAAGGAAGCUCGGCGCAUUUGCUCGUCGACACUGUCCUGAAGUAGCUCAACAGAAUGCGCUCGGAGAGAUCCUUCAGUCACAGAAAGUAGAGAUUUAUUUUGUGAAACAUCUUGCGCAGACCUCUGGACAUAA